AUGUGCGGCAGCCAUUACGAUAACGAUUACAUCUUUCAGCCCCAACUGCUUAAACCAUGGAGCCCUGAUUCACAACAUUAUCCCCCUACCCCACGGUACUAUGUCUUCUUCCCGGUUCAGGCCGACUCGUCCUCAUACGCCAACUACCAAAGCCUCAACUCUCAGCAGCCUGCAAAGAGUGUCAGCGUCGGCGGACCAAAUGCAGUUCUGGAAAUCCGUGCUUGGAAUGCACGAAGCAUGGCUCUAUUUGCAUAUUAG